AUGUCCGCGCGCUUCCUCUCUCUCGGGGUGCUUGCGGGCGCCGCCACUGCCUACGUGUGUGUCGAUUCGUUGGGACUGACGAGAGAGAGAGUUGGAUUCUACUACCGCUCCGUGGUCGGGGCGAACCAAAGUUUCGUCCCGCACUCUGUGGCGUACGAGAACCACGUUUCGAUGUCAAAGCUGCUCUCUUCCUGCGGAUGGGACCAGAUUCUGCUUAGUAUAUACGGAAAAGUUAUUCAGACGCUGGGCUACCAUUUCUGA